CCACAAAACAGUGUUAACGCGCUCUCAGGCGGAGAGAGGAACUGCGGAGAUGGCAGAGACCGCCUCGCCGAUGGAAAUCGACGGUGCCGAUAACCGGGCGAAGUCCAACAAGGGAAAAAACGUCAUCGCCGUCCCGACGGACGGCAAGGCGACGCCUUGGGUCGAGAAGUACCGGCCGCAAUCCCUAGCCGAUGUGGCAGCUCACAGAGACAUCGUCGACACGAUUGAUAGGCUUACAAACGAGAACAAACUGCCACAUCUCCUCCUCUACGGGCCUCCCGGAACCGGCAAGACUUCGACCAUUCUUGCUGUCGCUCGCAAGCUCUAUGGAACUCAGUUCCAUAACAUGAUCUUAGAGUUGAACGCGUCCGAUGAUAGGGGCAUUGAUGUCGUGCGGCAGCAGAUUCAAGACUUCGCAAGCACCCAAAGUUUCUCCUUUGGUGCAAAAUCAUCUGUGAAAUUGGUCCUAUUGGAUGAGGCUGAUGCCAUGACAAAAGACGCACAAUUUGCCUUGCGCAGAGUGAUUGAGAAAUACACAAAGAAUACCAGAUUUACACUUAUCUGUAAUCAUGUCAACAAAAUUAUUCCGGCAUUGCAGUCAAGAUGUACUCGAUUUCGCUUCGCCCCUCUUGAUGCUUCUCAUGUCAUGGAUCGUCUUAAAUAUGUGAUAGAGGCUGAAGGGCUUGAUGUAUCUGAGGGCGGCUUAGCAGCACUAGUACGGCUAAGCAGUGGUGACAUGCGAAAAGCUUUGAACAUUUUACAGUCGACGCAUAUGGCUUCUCAGCAUAUAACUGAAGAGGCUGUCUACCUAUGUACCGGAAAUCCAAUGCCCAAAGACAUCGAGCAGAUAUCUUUUUGGCUUCUCAAUGAAUCAUUUGCAACUAGUUACAGAUGUAUCUCUGAGAUGAAGAUGAAGAAAGGAUUAGCAUUGGUAGACAUUGUGAGAGAGGUUACCAUGUUCAUCUUUAAGAUCAAAAUGCCAUCCGAUGUUCGUGUGCAGUUGAUUAAUGAUUUGGCUGACAUAGAGUAUAGGUUGAGUUUUGGGUGCAAUGAUAAAUUGCAACUUGGAUCACUAAUAGCCUCUUUUACCAGGGCUCGAUCUGCUCUGGUUGCUGCUGCAAAGUAGCCAUGUCUUUGAUUCAGGCCUGUCGGAUGGUGCUGUCAAGGUUACUGAAACAUGAAGUCUAGGAUGUAAAGAUUGUAAUGCAAACCUUUCUUUGAAUGGAUUGGGUGAUCAACUACUAUGUUACAAUGCAUUUCUUCUCUCUUGAUGAGUGUUGAGCCACCUACUGAGUUGCAUCUUGCCCCAUCCAAAUAGCACGGUUGUUGUUUUCUUCUGUUUCUAUUAUUUAACAAAAGCACUUCCAUGUAAGACUUUCUCAUGCAGACGUGGUAAUAUCAUGAGGAUGUAGGAUGGGGACUCUCUUGAAAAUGGGUGGUUUUGUACGUCUUUCCACCCCAAAUAUUAUGAAUGAUUUUAUAAAAUCUUCUCCACCUUUAUUUUAAA